AUGGCACCCGGUUGGAUUGAGAAACUGGAGAAGGCCUUUGAGGUUCUUGGGUGCACCGAUGAGGAGAAGGUGACCCCGGCGGCUUACCGGUUAGAGGGUACCGCAGAUGAUUGGUGGAAGGCCACCGGAGGAAGGAUAUUUCCCGAGGGCGCCGCUCUCACUUGGAUUGCCUUUACCGAGGCAUUUAACGGGAAGUAUUUCUCAGAGACCGCUCGGGAGCGGAAGUUGGUAGAGUUCCAACAACUUCGCGAGAACCGGUUAGCGAUCGACCAAUAUGAGGCGGAGUUCGCUAGAUUGUCAAGGUACGCGCCGAGGAUGGUGGAGAACCCAAUAGACAAGGCGCGAAGAUUUAGGGAUGGAUCGAGACCUGACCUUCGCCGUCAGAUGAUUGCACCGAACCCGAGGACUUAUGAAGAUAUGUAUGAGAGAGGUCAAAUGAUUGAAAGAGACAUGAAGGAAAGGGCUGCCGCAUCUGGUUCGCGGUUCGCUCCCGUUAGAGACCGUCGCCGGUUUGGCAAGAGGCCAAUGGCGGACAACGGGCGCUUCGUCCCUCCACCCCGGAAGAAUAUUGGGAAGCCUAACCGUCAGACCAGCUAG